UGUACCAAGUGGAAGCUGACAGAAACUAUUCUGUUGACUUACGGUGGGCUGCACCAGCUACACCAUGAACGUCAACUGGGCCUAAAGGGGAGAGACUGAUAGAGCGAAAAGGAGAGGGAUAAAGAAGGACAGCGAGAAGGAGAGGUCUGAAUGGAUAAAGGUCCCCACACCAUGCUUUUUCUACUCCUUGCUGUGGUGACGCCAUUGCUUUAUGGCACCUGUGCCACAACCCUUUCUAACACCAGUGCCAUCUCUGGCAUCACCGAUGUCCUCUCCACCAAGACACCCCUUCGGGACUGGGAGUUCGUCUCUUCACACGUUGCCCUUUCUAGAGAAGAGCCUACGGUCCGACCCUCAUUGGAGGACUCCCAUGCCCCGUCGGUGCUGACAGCCUGUGACAUGAUCAGUACCUGGGUGACAGACAAGCGUACGGCUGUGGACAUCACGGGUAGAAAUGUGACAGUGCUUUCUGAGAUCUACACCCCUCAGGGCCGACUCAAGCAGUAUUUCUAUGAGAUCAAGUGCAGGCCAGAUGGGGCCACGAGAAAUGCUUGCCGGGGAGUGGAUCAACGCUACUGGAAGUCUAAGUGCAGGACAGCCCAGGCCUAUGUAAAGGCCCUCACCAUGAGCGCUCCCAACGUUGUAGCCUGGCGAUGGAUCAGAAUCGACGCUUCAUGCAGAUGCACUAUAUCCUGUGCUUACCCCACACACGGGCCAGAGGGAGGGAAGUGUAGGAGGAGGAAUGGGACGUCAGUGGUGCAACUAGGCCUGGACCUCGGGGAACAGCCCACGGGGCCCACAAAUGACCCCCCAGAGAGCGGCAAGUGAUGGGGGCAGUUCCAAAGAGGCUGGGUUGGCAUGGGCAUGCUGGGCCCAUGAGGGCUGACACUGCUUGCUACAGCAUCCUUUCUCAUUCUGAAACAUUUUAGAGAUAAGGAGCAGCCAGCUGGUCGUGUGCAUGGUUACAAUUCCUCAUUUUGUUAUUUUUUUACUUUAAAAAUAUAUCAUCCUUUUCUGCAUCAGAA